AUGGAAAAGCCCGGUGUUCAGCACAUUGAGAGUGAUGUUAAUGGCGAUGGGAAUAUCGCCAUCAAAGGCAGAGAUCACAAUGAUUUGGAAUCUCUUGAUCGGUCGCAUGAAGAAAAUACCAAACAUAGUGAAUCAGAUGCUUUGACGGAAGAACAUCGUCAAUAUUUGAUUCAGAGAUAUGGGACAGUAGAACUGGACCCUAUCCCGGACAUGACUGAUGCUGAUCCCUAUAAUUGGCCGACAUGGAAGAAAAUUAUUAACUUAGCCCUUGUUGCGUUCCAUGCUAUGAUGGCGACAUUUACAGCAUCUUCAAUUCAAUCCGCUUUCGUUGAGAUCGCAGAGGACCUUGGAGUCAGCGUACAAAGAGCAAGCUAUUUGACUUCACUAGUUAUCGCCAUCCUCGGGGGUGCGCCUCUUUUCUGGAUGCCAUUGUCCAACCGCUAUGGUCGACGUCCUAUUUUCUUGCUUUCGUUGCUUUGCAGUCUGGUUGCCAAUGUGGGCUGCGCCAAAAGUCCGUCGUAUGCGACCAUGGGAUUUUGCCGGGCCCUUGUUGCAUUCUUUAUAUGUCCUGCCGCUGCAAUUGGUAGCGCUGUGGUCGCCGAGACCUUCUUCAAGAAAGACCGCGCAAGAUGUAUGGGCGUGUGGGCUGUCAUGGUGACUUUGGGUGUACCGCUUGCGCCUCUGCUUUUUGGGUUCGUUACUAGUCGAGUGGGAUACAGGUGGAUCUACUGGAUAUUGGCCAUUACCAACGGCGUUCAAUUCAUCAUUUAUUUGAUCUUCGGCCAAGAAACUCUAUACAUCCGUGGUAGCGCUGCUAGUCACGUCAGUAACCCAACCCUCCACCAACGGUUCCUUCAUGUGAAGCGCAUUGAUCCAGCGCCAUUGGAGAUAUGGGACUUUCUACGCCCCCUCGGUAUGGCAAUCCGACCCUGCGUUAUGAUUCCAGCUGCCGCAUAUGCGAUGAUAUUCCUCCUCGGUGGUAUCCUCCCCUCCAUUGAGAUGCCGCAACUCUUCCCCGAGAUGUUCGGACUUAAUUCAGAGCAGGUUGGUCUGCAGUUUAUCGCGAUGAUUAUCGGCUCUCUGCUCGGCGAUCAGGUCGGAGGAUUCUUAUCCGACCGUUGGAUGUUGUACGGGCAGAAGAAAACGCAGCGGCCAGUUGCACCGGAAUUCAGACUCUGGAUAAGCUAUCCAGGUAUUAUCCUGACGAUAGUUGGCGUCGUUAUCUUCCUUGUCCAGCUAGACCAUGCUUCAUCGCAAUGGAAUAUCACUCCGUUGGUCGGGGUCACCAUCGCGGCUGUUGGAAACCAAAUUGUCACUACCGUAAGCUUCACAUAUGCCGUGGAUUGUUAUCGAUCAGAAGCAGCAAGCGUUGGCGUUUUUAUCACAUUGGUGCGACAGACAUGGGGAUUCAUAGGACCAUUUUGGUUUCCGCAAAUGUUGGAAAAUGUUGGGUAUCUGGGGAGUACGGGAAUUGCGAUUGCCUUGAUUGUGGCUGUAGUGGUUAGACACUCUUCAUUUAUGUCUACUCUGUCAAGGGUCCUCAAACUUUGUGCCAGACUCUAUCCCGCAUACUAA